CCUCCUCCACAACUCUCUCUUCCUCGUUAUUUAUUGCUGUGUUUAGCUGCUUCUAUGAAAUAGUAUUCUUCAGACAAUGGCUGCCAAACGAUUAUUGAAUGAUUUUGGAUCCGACCCGGAUCAACCGACUGAGAAACGGACUAGAACUAGACCUUUUUUCACUUCUGUAAUUGGAGAAGUUCUUAUGGGGAAUUCAUUUCAGAACAUCUGUACGGCCUUGGAACCAAUGCUUAGACGAGUGGUAAACGAAGAGGUGGAGCGUGGAAUACGCAGUUCAUGCACUUUCACUAGGUCUCCCUCCUUGCGAAUUCAAGCCCUGGAAGCAUCAAACUUGCAACUGAUCUUCACUAAGAGGCUCUCGCUUCCAAUAUUCACGGGGACCAAGAUAGGAUACGCCGAAAACAGCCCACUUCAGCUCCAUAUCGUGGAAACAAGUGGUGAUCAAAUGGUUCCAACAACUCUACCUUAUUCUAUCAAAGUAGAGAUCGUGGUUCUUGACGGCGACUUCCCCCAAGGGGACUGCAACACCUGGUCCAGCAAAGAAUUCGAAGACAAUAUCGUGAGGGAGAGAACCGGCAAGCGACCACUGCUAGCUGGAGACGUGAUUGUCACCAUGAGGGAUGGAUUAGCAAUGAUUGGAGACAUCGAAUUCACCGAUAAUUCUAGCUGGAUACGAGGCAGGAAGUUCAGGCUCGGUGCAAGAGUUGUCCCGGGUAGCCGCCAUGAUGUUAGUAUCCGUGAAGCCAUUACAGAAGCUUUUGCUGUUAAAGACCACCGUGGAGAAUUAUACAAGAAGCACCAUCCACCCAUGUUAAACGAUGAGGUAUGGCGCCUUGAGAAGAUCGGAAAAGAUGGGGCUUUCCACAAGAAGCUCGCCUCCGAGAACAUCAACACAGUACAGGACUUUUUGAAGCUGUCCAUUGUCGAUCCACAAAAACUUAGAACGAUAUUAGGCCCCGGGAUGUCAGAGAAAUUGUGGGAAGUAGUAAUUAAGCAUGCCAGGAAUUGCGAUUUGGGGAAAAACUUGUAUAUUCUACGCGGAUAUAAUUUCACCGUUACCUUGAAUGCCAUAUGUCAAAUUGUGAUGAUGGAUAUUAAUGGACAGAUUUAUGCUCGGCAAGAACUAUCAAAUCUUGACAGGACCUACGUUGAGAAAUUUGUUAUUCAAGCAUAUUCAAAUUGGAAUUCAUUAGAAGAGGUCGAUGGAAGUUUGAAUGAGACUGCCCUACUAACACGAGGUGAGCUGGGUGAGCAGCAUCCCAAUCUUCAGGAGACCAUGGCAAGAGCACCACUGCAGCAACAUGGAUACUACCUUACUGAUAAAAGUAGUAUGGAGGUCGGGAAUGCAGAUGUAGGAAGCAGCAAUUGGCAGAUGAAUGCUGCAUAUCAAGGCACACCAGUUGACACUGGCGUCCGCUAUUACCUUAGAGAGUCCUCAUCAGGCUGCAAUAUAACACCUUCAAGGACUUUUAAUGGGAGCUGAAGCAAGAUUUUGCAACAUUGUUUGGUGUAUAUGAACACGUACGUGUAGUUGAAUCCUCUCCAUCGCUGCCCCCAGGAUGAAAUGUUUUGUGGCUUAUGGGGGUACAAGGAGCUGAGAUUUCAUCCAACAUAAUUCCUAGUUUUUGGCUGGGCACAUGCAGCAGUAUAGUAUUACUAUUGUUCCUGAAAAAAAAAAAAAAAGGAAAAGUAGUUGCAGACAGCUCUUGUGUAGGCAGUAAGAAAGAACAAUAAAUUAAGGAAAUCCAAUGAUAUUAUGAGUUUUAUGAAGAGUUAAGCAACCAUUCCACGAA